AUGCUGCUCAAAUGGUCUGUUGUGGAUUAUUCUCUGUUUAAGGGACCCAAACUCUGUCCAAAUUUAUCCAGACCAGCUGUUAAUAUGAAUUUAUUGAAAUCCGUUCUUAUGGAAACUCAAAAUAGGAAUCUUCGACACGCAGUUAUAAUUGUAUAUAAUUUAAUUACUAAAGAGAUUGUAGAUAAUGUAAACUCUGACAUACGACAAUGGCUAGCAAGAUUAUUUGGAGUUCAUAAGAAUGAACACUGCGUCAUCGAUGUACAAACAGCAUUAACAGCCAUCACUUCUGUUAUUCUCUACUCAUCGACUCCCUGCCGAGGCCCAGGAAGUAAAUCGUCAGAAAAUCACAUAAAAUCACAAAUGUGGGCAAAAAUAUUUUCUGACACAUUUCUUAUUGGUUCAGAAGAGAUUGGUGUGAAUUGGGAAUACCAUCAUAAAAUUCCAGGAAAUGGUGGAUGUGGAUCAUCAAGAUCUGAUUUUGCCGCUGUUAUCUUUAAUGGUGCUAAUCAACAAUUUCCAUUUUUUAUAACUGAAUUUGAGAAUGAUGGGUUUGCAGUACACAAGGAUGCAGUAGCGGUGGUAGCAGAAACGGCUUUUGAAUACAAUCGAAUGCUUGCAGUUGCAUAUUAUCUAUCAGAGGAUGAGGUGAAUGCGACUCGUUUGCAUAUCGGCUUGGUUAAUGGGACAACCAUCCAUUUGAGUUCGAUGAAGGCAGUCUAUGAUGAAACAAAAAGUGCUUUGAUUUAUGCUUAUGAGGAUAAUGGUGUUACUUUCAAACUUCAUACUGGAGAUCAACAAGCCGAUAUUGCAAGUGACAACAGACACACGAAAUGGAGCAUUGUUAGCAUCUUUACCCCGUCUGCUGUCAAGUCACGUUUGAGUGAAACAGAAUUCACUCCUUCAGCAAAGAGGGUUAAAUAUAUUGAUAUUGGAUUAAAUACAGAGAUACAGGAUGUUUAG